AUGUACCAUUUUCCUAAACCAUUUGAAGAGGAACAGAGGAAAGAAAGGAAGCGUGCACGAAGACGACGUCGUAGAGAAACAACGCAAAAACUAAUUUCGAGUCGCAGGGAACAACCUCAGCAGGCCACAUUUCCCGUUAUCGUAGAGCGCACGAGGGCUUUGAGCCCACCGACCUCAAGGCACAGAAGUAGGAAGUACUAUUCUCCAGAUUUUUCUUCCUCUCAUAGUGGUUACGAAUCUGAAUACAGUGAUGGUGAAGAAUUUUACGGUAUGGGUUGUGUCAAUCGAGAAAGCACAGCAUCUCACAGCAAAAGAUCCAAACUUCCCGCGCCAAAGACGCAUGUGGGAGAGUCAAGCUAUCAGAAGAAGCGCUCAAAAAAGAAAAAGAAAGGAUUAAAGUUAGAUGAGGAUUACAGCCAUCCCUUAUACCCAUCGUUUUUAGAGAGACCGCCAUCCCGAAAUGGAGUUAAUUUUGUUAUGGACUCGCCUUACAGAAACAUGGAUCCCAUCCCUGCACGGAAAAGUAAGGAGAAUAUGCCUGGAUUCAGUGAACUAUCUGAGCUAAAAAGCCUCAAAAAGCCAAAUAAACUACCUCCCAUAGACAAGGACAAUAGAAUGCACACAGAUGAGUAUCCUUUUGGAAUGAAACGUUUUUGA